AUGGACCUGCAGAACUCGUCUCUGGGCCCCGCUAUAAGCAACUGCGCGGCGCUUCGCAACCGGCUGCUGAUGGAUCCGUCGUUCCUGUUCAAGGUUUUCACGGAGAUCGCCAUCGACUGCGCGUGCGCGACGUUCGCAGAAGUGCAGAAGCGAGGCGACGAUUUCUGGAAGGAGUUCGACCUCUACCUCUCGGAUAUGCUCGUCGGAAUCAUUAUGGGCGGCGCCGUCGUGGGCUCGCUCGCGCCAGCCGCGAGAUUCGCCACGUCAGCAGCUGGUGGACGGUUCCCGCGCAUUUUGCCGCGUGGGGUUUCUGCUGCGCUCUCGGCGCUCCCAAGCAGUGUGUUUGAGGCAUCCCUUCCGGGUCAUAAGUUUUCGGCUGCCCAACGAACUGUCACUCUCUUCGUCAAGGGCGUUGAGUAUGGAGGGUUUGGCUUCUCAUCGGGCCUUCUGGGUCAGGGGAUCGCUAAUGGCGUGAUGAAUCUGAAGAGGUACGUGCUGUAG